CGCCAUUAGAGCAAAGGUGUUUUCUACGGCAGCUCAGACUCAGUCGCCGACAAUGGUGAACGUUCCAAAAACUAAGAAGACAUACUGUAAGUCGAAAGAGUGCAAAAAGCACACUCUGCAUAAAGUUACACAGUACAAGAAAGGAAAAGAUAGUCUUGCAGCUCAAGGGAAGCGUCGUUAUGAUCGUAAGCAGUCUGGUUAUGGUGGGCAGACAAAACCCGUCUUCCACAAGAAGGCCAAAACUACCAAGAAGAUUGUGCUAAGGUUGCAAUGCCAGGAUGCACAUGUGUCCCAACACCCAAUCAAGAGGUGCAAGCACUUUGAAAUUGGUGGAGAUAAGAAGGGAAAGGGAACUUCUCUCUUUUAAGUGGAGAUGGUAUCGUUUUUGUCUGUGUAAUGUUGUCCUUUUUUCUCAAGUGAUGUUAGCUCAACAGAGUUUCUUUUGUUUGAUGAUGAACAACUUAUAUCUGUCCCAAAAUACUUAUGUUUCCAGUUUUAAAAUGACUAGUUUAUUCUUU